CCCCGCCCCCUCCCGGCCCCGACGCCAGCACGUUGAGUGGCGGGGGCCGGCAGAAGAACUGCCCGAGCGAGGAGCGGCUCCUAGGGCGGGCGGCACGGUUGGGGCGCCGGCGUUGGGGCCCCGGAGAGGCUGUUGGGUCGGGACCGGGGUCCGCGGCCACGGGGGGAAGGGGGUGGGUGGGCUGAGAGCAGCUCGGCAGCGAGGCCGGCCCGUCGCCCCUUCCCCCCACCCCCGCCGACCUUGCCGGCAGAAGCUUCCCGGAGCUCUUCACGCCGGCGCGAUGGCGACUGCUGGGGAGACGGAGGCCUCUCCGCCGACGGACGCGAGCUGGGAAAGUGGCGGCGGCGGGGACGACGAGAUGAAGCAGGCGCUUCCGGAGCUUGAGUCCUCCCCACAAAAUGGCGGCGGCGGCCUCAGCAUCGCGGAGCCCGGCGGCGGCGCCGGGCCUGAGGAGACAGCAGCGGCCUCGGCCGCCCCGAGCGUCAGCCACGAGCAGACUCAGGACUCGUCUGAGGCGGGCGCGGCCGCUGUGCCCAAAGGCCCCGAAGAGCCCGAAAGACCCGUUAGGAGGAGUUUUCAGAUCCCCAGGAAGAGCAGAGAAAAGAAAGCACUUUUUCAGCCAUUAACUCCAGGCUCUCGAGAAUUUGAAGACGUUCUAAAUAUUCUCCAUUCAUCUUACCUUGAACCAACCUCAGUAACAAAUUUUAACUACAAACGUGCUUGCUUGAUACAUAAUGAACUUUUGGAAAAGGAGUUCACCGAAAAGCGAAGAGAACUGAAGUUUGAUGGUCGUUUGGAUAAAGAACUUUCGGAAUCCUAUGCAUUUCUUAUGGUUGAUCGAUAUCAGGUGCAAAGCAUAUGUGAAAAAGGAUUACAGGUGGGCCAGUCCAAAAUAACCAUUCUUGGCAGUCCUUCCAUGGGUAUCUAUCUUUCUAAGUAUGCUGAUUUAUUACAAGCUAACCCUUUGGAAGCUGGGGCAGUGGGCGAUGUUGUUAUUUUUAAAAUAAUGAAGGGUAAAAUAAAAAGUUUGGAAUCUAUAUUAAAUAAAAGUGCUUUGGACCCAACGCCGAAGCAUGAAUGUCACGUGUCAAAGAAUGCCAAUAGAGUUACAUCACUUUUGGCUUACAGAGCCUAUGAGCUUACCCAGUAUUAUUUUUAUGAGUAUAUCUUUGAUGAACUCAGGCGAAGACCAAGACAUGUGUGUCCAUAUGCUGUUGUAUCUUUUACUUACAAAGAUGAUAUACAAACUCCGAAGUUUGUACCUUCAUCAAGAUCUAACAGUUUCAAUGCAGAUAGAAACACUGACAAAUUUAACUACACCUUGUGGAAAGGACAGCUUUUAAAUAAAGGAAAGCUUUUGUGUUAUAUUUCUCUGAGGUCAACCACUCGUGCUUUUUUGCCUAUCAAGCUUCCCGAAAAGUUAGAUGUUGAAACAGUUAUGAGUAUUGAUCAUCUGAAACAGAAAAUCCCUCCGGCGCUGUUUUAUAAGGAAACAUACUUAGGUCCAAGUGAAGUUUUGAAGAAUGGAAUGUAUUGCAGCCUUUAUGAAGUUGUAGAAAAGACAAGAAUUGGAAGUAACAUGGAGAGUUUACUACAAAAACUAGAGAAAGAAAAACUUGUUCUUGUUAAACCUUUGGGAGACCGAGGAUACCUAUUUCUUCUCUCUCCUUGUCAAAUGGUUUCUCCAUAUGAACAUCAGACUGCCAAGUCUCGAGUCCUGCAUGCUUUAUUUCUGUUUCAAGAACCUAGAGGCAUAGUUACUUCACAAAAAGGUUCAACUAAUGCAGCACCACAGAAGAGACAUGAGAGCAUGACAGAUGUAUUAAAAAUAACUCAGUUUUUACAGUUUGCUUUGAUUCAGUGUCGAAAGGAAUUCAAAAAUAUGAAUACUAUAAAUUUUCAUUCUGUUGUUGAAAAGUAUGUAAAUGAAUUUUUUAAGCGAGGUUUUGGUUCAGGUAAACGAGAGUUUAUCAUGUUUCCAUACGAUUCACGAUUAGAUGAUAAAAAAUUCUUAUACUCAGCUCCAAAAAAUAAAUCCCAUAUUGAUAAUUGUUUGCAUGCCUAUAUUUUUCGGCCUGAAAUGUAUCAGUUACCAAUUUGUAAAUUAAAAGAGCUUUUUGAAGAAAAUAGAAAACUUCAACAGUUCAGUCCACUUUCAGAUUAUGAAGGCCAAGAAGAAGAAAUGAAUGGUACAAAAAUGAAAUUUGGAAAACGAAAUAACUCAAGGGGUGAAACUAUUAUACCUAGAAAGCACAAGUCCUCUCAUUCUUUGGAUUAUGAUAAGGAUAGAGUCAAAGAAUUGAUUAAUUUAAUUCAGUGUAGGAAAAAAAAUGUGGGUGGGGACUCAGACACAGAAGAUAUGAGAAGCAAAACUGUCUUGAAGAGGAAGCUUGAGGAUCUACCUGAAAAUAUGAGAAAGCUCGCCAAAACCAGUAAUUUAUCUGAAAAUUGCCAUCUAUAUGAAGAGUCUCUGCAGCCUAUUGGCUCUCUUGGGCAUGAUGCUGAUUUGAGACCUCAGCAGCAAGAUACCUCUAACUCCGGUGUUGCUGACAUCCAUCGGCUGUUUAACUGGCUAUCAGAAACACUAGCAAAUGCACGUCAUUCUGAUGCAUCCUUGACAGACACAGUCAACAAAGCCUUAGGAUUGAACACUGAUGAUGCCUAUGAAGAGUUGAGACAAAAGCAUGAGUAUGAGUUGAACUCUCCCGCAGAUAAGAAAGAAUAUGAGCAGCCUACUUGUGCAAAAAUUGAAAAUGUGCAUUUUAAGGGUACUCAGAGCCCAUUGUUAGAAAUUGAUACAUCAUUGUUAAAGUAUCCUGUUGCUGUUUCUACCAGUGAAGUAGGCACUGACCAUAAACUACAUUUGAAAGAAGAUCCAAAUUUAAUUAGCAUGAAUAAUUUUGAAGAUUGCAGUUUGUGUCCCACUGUUCCCAUUGAACAUGGAUUCCGCAGACAAUCUAAGUCAAAUGAUGUUGAAGAGACUGAAAUACAUUGGAAACUGAUUCCAAUUACAGGAGGGAAUGCAAGAAGCCCAGAAGACCAGCUGGGGAAACAUGGUGAGAAACAAACACCAGGUAUGAAAUCACCAGAAGAACAACUGGUGUGUCUGCCACCACAGGAGGCCUUUCCUAACGACCCCCGGGUAAUAAGUAGACAGAGAAGUUCUGAUUACCAGUUUCCAUCCUCUCCAUUUACAGACACACUAAAGGGCACCACUGAGGAUGACGUGUUGACAGGUCAGGUGGUGACAGUGGAGGAGCAGUGUGUGCCAGCAGCAGAGCCACCAACAAUGAGUGAAACCACAGAGAGGACAGUGUUAGGAGAGUACAGUCUCUUUUCUAGGAAGAUAGAAGAGAUUUUGAAGCAAAAGAAUGUUUCAUAUGUCAGUAGAAUUUCCACACCUAUUUUUUCAACACAAGAGAAGAUGAAACGGCUUUCUGAGUUCAUAUAUUCUAAGACUUCCAAAGCUGGUGUACAGGAGUUUGUAGAUGGCUUGCAUGAGAAACUAAAUACUAUUAUUAUCAAAGCAUCAGCCAAGGGUGGGAAUUUGCCACCAGUCAGUCCUAAUGAUUCUGGUACUAAGAUAGCACUGAAUCCUCUGGGAAAGCCCGUCAUCCCAAUUUCCUCAAGUGACUUCAACAAUAAACAGCUCCUUGAGCCACUUUGUAGUGAUCCUUUGAAAGACACCAACUCCAGUGAGCAGCAUUCCUCUUCAUCUUUGGGUUUAACCGAAGUAGAAGUGAACCAGCCACACCAUGCCACAGAGCUAAUGGUGACUUCUGACCAUACUGUACCUGGUGAUACUGUACGGGAACCAGUAGAAAAAGAAACAACAAAAUCGCCCAGUGAUGUAAACAUUUCUGCCCAACCAGCUCUUUCAAAUUUUAUAAGCCAGUUAGAACCUGAAGUAUUUAACAGUUUGGUUAAAAUCAUGAAAGAUGUCCAGAAAAAUACUGUGAAAUUUUAUAUUCAUGAAGAAGAAGAGAGUGUGCUCUGUAAAGAAAUAAAGGAAUAUCUUAUCAAAUUAGGCAAUACAGAAUGUCAUCCAGAACAGUUUUUGGAAAGAAGAUCAAAACUAGAUAAACUAUUGAUUAUUAUUCAGAAUGAAGACAUUGCAGGCUUCAUUCACAAGGUACCUGGCUUGGUGACUUUGAAGAAGCUCCCUUGUGUUAGUUUUGCUGGUGUUGAUAGUCUGGAUGAUGUUAAAAAUCAUACAUACAAUGAAUUAUUUGUAUCUGGAGGUUUUAUCGUGUCUGAUGAAUCCAUUCUAAAUCCAGAAGUUAUCACAAUUGAAAACCUUAAAAAUUUUUUGACAUUCCUCGAAGAACUUAGUACUCCGGAAGGAAAAUGGCAAUGGAAAGUCCACUGUAAAUUUCAGAAAAAACUAAAGGAAUUGGGCAGAUUGAAUGCUAAAGCUCUAAGUCUGUUGACGCUUCUGAAUGUCUAUCAGAAGAAGCAUCUGGUUGAAAUUCUGUCGUACCACAAUUGUGAUUCACAAACUCGAAAUGCACCAGAAUUGGAUUGCCUCAUCAGACUUCAGGCUCAGAACGUACAGCAAAGACACAUAGUCUUUUUAACAGAAAAGAAUAUCAAGAUGAUUUCCAGUUAUACAGAUAAUGGAAUAGUGGUUGCAACUACUGAAGACUUUAUGCACAACUUUAAAAAUCUUGUGGGCUAUCACAACUCAAUCACAGAAGAAAACCUUCCACUGCUUGGUGCUAAUGAGAAUCUUGAGUCGCAGUCAGAUGCUGUUUUGACAUUAACCCCUUUGGAGCUGGGAGUUGGGAUUUCCCAACAUUAAACGUGAACACAUUUCGCAGAAGCUUUUAGCAUCGGAUUAUCUGGACAUUCACACCUAGUGUGAGUGUUGUGACUAAGUGAACUUGUGGCAGAAGACCAAGCUUUAAGGGAUUGUGGACUUGCAGACCCUGACGCGUUAUAUUGUGUGAGUAGUGUAUAAUUUUAAAACUUAAACAAAUUGUGUAUUUCAAUAGAGGAGGACUUUUUGUUUUUUAAAUGUAGCUCUUUUAGAAAACGAUGAAAAGGAUGAAGAGGAUAUGUCUCUGGAUUCAGGGGAUGAAAUCUCACAAAUAGAAGUAUGCAGCAAUUUUCAUUCAGAAAUAUUGGCGAAAGAGACCAAAGGAUCACGUGGAACAGAUCAAAAUAAGAAUAUUCAAAUUGAGUUGCAAUCGUCUCUUGACGUGCAAAAAAGUUUAUUAGAAGAUAAGACUUGUCAGAUUGAUUCUGAAGAGAGAGCUUCUGUUGCUCUAGUGUGCUCUGAAGGAGAGAACAGCAGUUCAACUGAACAAGAUGCAUAUAGCAGCUUUCAGGUUUAUCACAGUCAAUUACAUAUGUCCCAUCAGUUUAGUCAUUUUAACGUUCUCACUCAUCAGACAUUUUUGGGGACACCAUAUGCCCUUUCAUCAAGUCAGUCUCAAGAAAGUGAAAAUUACUUUUUAUCUGCUUAUACUCCAAGCUUGGAUAGAGAUAAAUCUCCAUCUCCAUUAAGUUGGGGGAAAAGUGAUUCUUCCAGGCCGUUUUCAAAAGAGAAAUAAUUAUAUUAAUUUUUUUUUGAAACAGGUUGUUAUGGACUUUGUUUCUUAUAAGUGAAAUAACAAUUUAUAUUUCAUUCUCUAAACAAAAGGUUUCUUGUCCUUUCUCAAAUGUUUUUUUUCCUUUUAUUUAAAUCAUGAUGGCCUGUAACAGUUGAAGCAUCUGAAAAUUGAAAUAAAUAUAUAUAUUUUUAACAUA